AAUAUAUAACAUGUUGUUUCUCAAGUUCCAUGCAUACACUAACUAACUACACAGUUUUCCCAUUAGAGUCCACGCCAUGGACUUCACCACUGCCACCGCCACCGCCACUGCACUGCUCUUCUUUUCUCUUCUCAUCUCAGCCACCUUAGCACUCGACAUCUGCUCCGCCCAAUCACACGGCUCAGGCCUUUCCAUCAUUCCCAUCUACGGCAAAUGUUCACCAUUCGAUCCACCCAAACCUGACUCCUGGCUCAACACCGUCAUCGACAUGGCCUCAAAAGACCCACAACGAGUCAAAUAUUUGUCAAGCCUAGUGGCCAAAAAGUUCACCAAAGUCCCUAUUGCCUCCGGCCAAAAUGUGCUUAACAUCGGCAACUAUGUCGUCCAGGCCAAACUCGGCACCCCGGGUCAACUCAUGUUCAUGGUUCUAGACACCAGCAAUGACGCUGCUUGGGUCCCAUGCUCCGGCUGCAGCGGCUGCUCCGCCACAACUUUCACACCCAACACCUCAUCUACUUACGCCUCAUUGGAGUGCUCAAUGGCCCAAUGCACUCAAGUUCGUGGGCUCUCCUGCCCCACCACCGGCUCCUCCUCCUGCCUUUUUAAUCAAUCCUACGGUGGAGAUUCCAUCUUCUCCGCUACCCUCGUGCAAGAUUCUCUAAGUUUAGCCAAUGAUGUGAUUUCAAAUUUUGCUUUUGGAUGUAUCAACGCGGUCUCUGGAGGCUCCAUUCCACCACAAGGGUUGUUGGGUCUGGGUCGAGGAUCCAUGUCACUUUUAUCGCAAUCUGGGUCACUUUACUCGGGUGUGUUUUCAUACUGUUUACCCAGUUUCAAAUCUUACUACUUCUCCGGCUCUCUCAAACUCGGACCCACGGGUCAACCCAAGGCAAUUCGGACUACCCCACUUUUACGCAAUCCACACCGUCCAUCACUAUACUAUGUUAACUUGACCGGAGUCAGCGUGGGCCGGGUUAUUGUCCCCAUUGCUCAAGAGCUCUUAUCCUUUAACCCGAACACUGGAGCCGGGACCAUAAUCGAUUCGGGUACAGUCAUAACCCGAUUCAUUGAACCGAUUUACAGUGCAAUAAGAGACGAGUUUAGAAAACAAGUGAAGGGUCCGUUUUCAACGCUGGGUGCUUUUGAUACAUGUUUUGCAGCAACAAACGAAGCUGUUGCGCCGGCUAUAACGUUCCAUUUCACGGGGCUGGACUUGCGUUUGCCGAUGGAGAAUAGCUUAAUUCAUAGCAGUGCUGGUUCACUGGCCUGCUUGGCCAUGGCAGCCGCACCGAAUAAUGUGAACUCGGUGUUGAAUAUUAUCGCUAAUUUGCAGCAACAGAAUCAUAGGAUUCUGUUUGAUGUGCCCAAUUCUCGCUUGGGAAUUGCCCGUGAGCUUUGCAACUAGCUAGUUUUAGGAUUCUCUCUGUCGGUUUGUGUCAUUUUCUCUACGUGUGUUUUUGUAAUUUUAUUUCAUGCAAAAUAGGGUUUUUUUUUUUUUUCGAAAUAAUAAUUGAACAGGAGGGAACCCCCUGUUUGGAUUGGACAA